AUGCAGGAACCAUUGAACUUUCGGUGUGCGAUAUCCGAUCUAGUGGUAAAAGUAAUUCAAGAAACUUACCAAACCCUUCCUAAGAAUGGAAAACCGAUCAAACGUGAUGAUGGUCGAACAGAAUUUACAAUCCUAGCUGGAAUUGUUCUGAUCGACAAAACAGCUCAUGAUGAUAAUCAUAAAGAAGAAAAUGAAGGAAAAGGGUACACAACACUUUGUCCAUCUCUAGCAACUGGAAUGCGUUGUCUUCCUCAAGAAAAGCUCAGUUUACAAGGUGAUUUAUUACAUGAUUCUCAUGCUGAAGUACUUGUCAAACGAGGUUUUCGUCUUUGGUUAUAUGAAGAACUCAAACGAAGCUAUGAAAUUGGAAUCGGAUCAGCUUGGAUAAAUCGACCAUCAGAUUCCAAAGAUCAUUUCUCACUCAAGAAAUCUGUUCAAGUUUUCUUUUAUGUUAGUACUUUACCUUGCGGUGACGCUUCAAUGUUACUCACAUCACAACAAGUUAGCGAACAAAGUCGGCCGAUCAAAGGCCCAGAAGAAUCUAUCUCUUCCGAGUUCAGCAUCGAAUAUCAAAAAUCGAUCUCUAAGAGUUUAGGUACUCUUCAUGUAUCACGUGGUCGACUUGGAUUUGAUCAACCUAUUGGAAAAUUACGUACCAAACCAGGUCGAAUCGAUUCUCCUCUAUCUACCUCACAUUCUUGUUCCGAUAAACUUGCACUUUGGAAUGUGAUUGGACUUCAAGGAGCUUUAGGUUCUAGUAUCCUUCAACCUAUUCAUAUCUCUGGUUAUGUUUUUGGAACUUGUGACGUUUCAUCUCAACUAGAUCUACAAACAUUACAUUCAAGUCUUAGAUACGCCCUUAUAGAUCGUGUUAAGGCAUACUUGCCAGCAGACCAUUGCCCGCCCGAAAUAUGGUUCACCUUCCAAGAUUUUGAGUUUUCUCAGAAAUCAGUGGCAAAAGCUACUGGCACAUCUCCAGAACUAAACGACCGGGUAGUAUCAACAAUCUCCAGAAGCUUAUCAGACCUUCACUAUACUUUCAUAGGUCUUUCAUUUGUGUCUGGUUAUGGCACAGAAGUGAUCGAUCGACAUGGCUCAAGACAAGGAGCACCUAAAAAACGACGAGCACCUGAAUCUCCACUUUCACCAAAGACUCGAUUUGAUUUUUGGCCGUUGUCUGAUUUCUGUGUGGGUAUCUUUCAAAGAUCAAGAUUGAGCAAGUUAGAACUUUAUAGAAGAUAUACCGACACGUUAACAUUUCUUGGCUUGAGAACGGAUCAUCCAACCAAAAGUUAUAACCAAGCCAAACACCCACAAAUAAGUGAAAAUGAACAAAACUCUUUAACACAAAGAGUAUUGGAAUACCAGACUAGAAAGUCUUUACUUCGAGAUCUUCCAGACGCUGCUUUUUAUGGUUGGAUCAUUCAUGGUGCUCGAUGGGAAAACUUUGAUAUAGAAGGUCGCAUCAUGUCUCGAACUGAAGUUAUGGAAACCUGA